CCUGUUUACUCGACGUGGCGAAGCCGAGAGCGGUUUGAUAAAGUUCCCGUCUUUCCGAAGCAAAAACCACAUCUUCCGAGGCUUUAGAGACAAUCUACUGGUGUUUUUGUGCAAGGCUAGGGUUCAAGUUUGUUCAGAAGUACACAAUAUAUAGGAGGAUGUCGGCAACAAGCAGUGCCCAGAGUUUGGUUGACGCGAGCAAAGAGGCGAAAAAGGAUUCUUCUGUGCAAUCUGCCAGAAAGGAGAAACGCUACAGGUGUGACGAGUGCAACAAGUCGUUUGGUCAGCUGUGUAAUCUUAAGUCUCACAUACGGACUCAUACAGGUGCAAAACCCUACAGGUGUGAGGAGUGCAGCAGACAUUUCAGUCAGCUGGGUCAUCUGAGAACUGACAUGCUUACUCACACAGGGGAGAAACCCUACAGGUGUGAGGAGUGCAGCAAACAGUUCAAUCGGUUAGAAAGUUUGAAGAAACACAUUAAGACUCACACAGGAGAAAGACCCUACAAAUGUGAGGAGUGCAGCAGGCAUUUCAGUAGACUGGAUCGUCUGAAGACUCACAUGCGGACUCAUACAGGCGAGAAACCCUACAGGUGUGAGGAGUGCAGCAGGCAGUUCAAUCAUUUGUGUAAUCUGAAGAAACACUUGCGGACUCACACAGGAGAGAAACCCUACAAAUGUGAGGAGUGCAGCAGGCAGUUCAGUUGGCUGGAUGAUCUGAAGAAACAUAUAAGUUGCACAAGAUCUAGGAGGAUGUCGACAACAGGCAGCGCACAGAGUUUCGGUGACGUCAGGAGAAAAGCGAAAAAGGAUUUCUCUGUGCGAUCUGUCAGAGAGGAAAAACGCUACAAGUGUGAGGAGUGCAACAAGCAGUUCAGUCAACCUGGUCAUCUUAAGGAACACAUGCGGACUCACACAGGGGAGAAACCUUACAAGUGUGAGGAGUGCAGCAGGCAGUUCAGUCAGCUGGGUAAUCUGAAAAGACAUAUGACGACUCACACCGGUGAGAAACCCUACAGAUGUGAGGAGUGCAACACGCAGUUCAGUCGGCUGGACGAUCUGAAGAGGCACAUUCGGACUCACACAGGCGAGAAACCCUACAGAUGUGAGGAGUGCAGCAGGCAGUUUAGUAAGCUGUGUCAUCUGAAGGCCCACAUGCGGACUCACACAGGUGAGAAACCUUACAAGUGUGAGGAGUGCAGCCGACAGUUCAGUCAGUUCCAUCAUCUGAAGAGACACAUGCAUAUUCACACAGGGGAAAAACCCUACAGAUGUGAGGAGUGCAGCAAGCAGUUUAUUGAGUUGAGUGCUCUGAAGACUCACAUGCGGACUCAUACAGGGGAGAAACCCUACAUGUGUGAGGAGUGCAGUAGGCAGUUCAGUCAGCUGGGUGAUCUGAAGAGACACAUGCGGACUCAUACAGGUGAGAAACCCUACAAGUGUGAGGAGUGCAGGAGGCAGUUCAUUCAGCUGGGUGAUCUGAAGAGACACAUGCGGACUCACACAGGGGAGAAACCGUACAGGUGUGAGGAAUGCAGCAAGCAGUUCAGUCGGCUGGACUCUCUGAAGAAACACAUGCGGACUCACACAGGGGAGAAACCUUACAAGUGUGAGGAGUGCAGCAGGCAGUUCAGUCGACUCGGUGAUCUGAAAAGUCACAUGCGGACUCAUACAGGAGAGAAACCAUACAAGUGUGGGCAGUGCGGUAAGAAGUUCAGUCAGCUGGGUGCUCUGAAGAGUCACAUGCGGACUCACACAGGGGAUAAACCCUACAUGUGUGAGGAGUGCAGCAGACAGUUCAGUCAGCAGAGUGAUCUGAAGACUCACGUGCGGACACACACUGGAGAGAAACCCUAUAAUUGUGAGGAGUGCGGCAAGAAGUUUAGUCGGCUGGGCCAACUGAAGUCUCACAUGCGGACUCACACAGGUGAGAAACCCUACAUGUGUGAGGAUUGCAGCAAGCAGUUCAGUCAGCUGGGUGAUCUGAAGAAACACGUGCGGACUCACACUGGAGAGAAGCCCUACAGGUGUGAGGAGUGCAGCAGGCAGUUUAGUGUGCUGAAUAAUCUGAAGAGUCACAUGCACACUCACACAGGGGAGAAACCGUACAGCUGUGAGGAGUGCAGCAGGCAGUUUAGGCAUCCGGGCAGUCUAGAGAGACACAAGAGGACUCACACAGGUGAGAAACCGUACAGGUGUGAGGAGUGCAGCAGGCAGUUCGGUGAGUCGGGUGCUCUGACGAAACACAUGCGGACUCACACAGGGGAGAAACCCUACAGGUGUGAAGAGUGCAGCAGGCAGUUCAGUCAGCCAGGUGAACUGAAGACUCACAUGCGGACUCACACAGGUGAGAAACCCUACAGGUGUGAGGAGUGCAGCAAGCAGUUCAGUCGACUGGAUUCUCUGAAAAAACACAUGCGGACUCACACAGGGGAGAAACCCUACAGGUGUGAGGAGUGCGGCAAGCAGUUCAGUCAACUAUGUAACAUGAAGGCUCACAUGCGGACUCACACAGGGGAGAAACCCUACAAGUGUGAGGAGUGUAGCAGACAGUUCAGUCAGCUGAGUGAUUUGAAGAGACAUAUGCGUACUCACACAGGGGAGAAACCCUACAAGUGUGAGGAGUGCAGCAAGCAGUUCAGUCAGCUUUGUAAUCUGAAGGUUCACAUGCGGACUCACACAGGGGAGAAACAAUACAGGUGUGAG